AUGUCGACCAGAAAUCCUGGAAUGCCCGAGGUUGCCGGUCUCAAUCCCGAUCGCCCGCCAACGCGGAUGGAGCUCGAAGAACUUUGGGAUGAGUGCGACAACAUAACAUCCCAGAUAGAGGACUUCCUGCGCUUCCACGACCUGGAGACUCCCUGCCCCGACGCCGAAGAGGCAUACGAGAUCAUUAAAAACCUACAAUGGGCGAUCAAGUACAUACACGACACAGUGAAACCCGCGCUGCAGAAUAACAUCAUCCGCGCCCCUCCCUCACCGAGCUGGGGCUCCAAAGCCUACCAGUACUGGAAGCCGGAACACGGUCCGAGCAACAUGGCCCAAUGGGGGCAGAUCCACGGCUGGUUGACACAGGAGCUCCGCGGCGCCCUGACCGACUACCGGACUUGGUGGAGGCCGGCCGAAGGUGAAGCUCUAGACCCAGGUCCCACGAACGACCAGCUUCAGGAGCUACUCGAGUGCAGCAACGAGAGGAUGGAGCAGUCGGCAUCGAUCGGAAAUCGCGAGUGGGCCAGCAAGAACAUCCAAAACAAGAUUCACAAAAUCAGAAAGAAUUUGCAUCCGUAUAUCGAGGCGGUCCAUCGACUUAUGGAGACGGAAGAACGGACUUCGGAGACUAUGGGCGAGUACGAGGUUAUACGCAAAGUCAUUGCGGCUCUCAAGAGACGCCUGGAUGAGUACGGGAGACUGUACGAUUACGGAAGACAAGACUACUCGCAGUCGAUUGAGCGGUUGAAGACCAUGGCUCGGGAGAAUCCUCUGGCGCUUGGACAGCCGCCGGAAAAUCUGAGGCUGGCUAUGAACCACCGACAGUUCUUUCAGUACUUUAGUCCUGCUGAGGCUCAACAUGAGAUACCAACCGAGAAGAGGGGGGAAGGCAAUGUUGUCAGCUUCAUUCCGAGUUUGGGAUGGUUCUGA